AGCACAUUUGCGGCGGGCUUGGUGUGUUGGUCGAUGGCGUGGCUGUUACCACCUUAACUACGCGGGGACACUGUCCCAGAAUGUUGAAAGCAGCAAAAGAAUUUGAAUAAAUGGAGCUAAUUCUCUGGAUAGUGUCGCGGGAGGUGCCGUGGAAAUACCCAGGCAACAGAAGAACACUACUUCUCUGGAUUUGUGAUAAAGCAGGCAAAAAUGUCAACAGCAUGCGACUUUGUUGCUCUCCACACUGGGCAGAAGAUGCCUCUCGUAGGACUGGGAACUUGGAAAAGUGAACGUGGGCAAGUGAAAGAGGCAGUGAAAUAUGCCCUGAGCGUGGGCUAUCGCCACAUCGAUUGCGCAGCAGCUUAUAGCAAUGAAACGGAGAUCGGGGAGGCUUUCCAGGAAUGCCUUGGGCCCAACAAGGUUAUUAAAAGGGAGGACCUGUUUGUAACAUCAAAGCUCUGGAAUACCAAGCACCACCCAGAAGAUGUAGAGCCAGCACUAAGGAAAACACUCGGAGAUUUGAAACUGGAUUACCUGGACUUGUACCUCAUGCACUGGCCUCAUGCCUUUGAGCGAGGGGACAAUCUCUUCCCAAAGAAUCCAGAUAACACGAUGCGUUAUGAUUACACUGAUUACAAGGAUACCUGGAAGGCCAUGGAGAAGCUGGUAGCAAAAGGUCUGGUGAAAGCCAUUGGGCUGUCAAACUUCAACAGUCGUCAGAUUGAUGAUGUACUAAGUGUAGCUACUGUCAAACCAGCUGUGCUCCAGGUAGAAUGCCAUCCUUAUCUAGCUCAGAACGAGCUGAUAGCACACUGCCAGAAACGAGGACUGGUUGUCACUGCCUACAGUCCCCUCGGUUCUCCCGAUCGCAUGUGGAAAAACCCAGAUGAGCCUGUGCUUCUAGAAGAACCUGGGAUCAAAAAACUGGCAGAAAAGUACAGCAAGUCACCUGCACAGAUCAUCCUCAGAUGGCAAGUGCAGCGUAAAGUGGUUGUCAUUCCCAAGAGUGUCACUCCAGCUCGCAUUCAGCAGAAUCUCCAGGUGUUUGAUUUCAGCCUCACAGAAGAGGAGAUGAGCCACAUUGGAAGCCUGAAUAAAAACUGGCGUUACAUUGUGCCCAUGAUUACGGUGAAUGGAAAGCUAGUAGCAAGAGAUGCUGGACACCCUCAUUAUCCCUUCAAUGACCCCUAUUAGCCACUAGAAAAUCAGGUGUUAGAACAACAAGCUCCUCUCUGUGCCCUUCCGUGAAAUAAUCACCACAAUUUGUCACAAAUCUAUCCAAAUGAAACCUUCCUUCCUGAGGGGGUUCACUCACAAUGUACUGCUGCUGAUUAACUUCCUUCUGGAGAUUGUGUGGUCUCCAUGUCAAAGUUUGUGGAUUUACUCCAGUGACCACAAGCUUGUUUCUGGAAGCGUCAAAUCUUUGGGGAAUUAGAUAAAGAGUGAGGGAGUCUAAAUCAAAGUUCCAAUCGUGUCAUUAUCAGGCCAGGGCAAUACUUUGGGUGGGGAAGAAAAAAGGGUGAAGACAUGAAAGCAUUUUAAGACUAAACAACUGCCCAGCCAUCAGCUUUGAUAUCUUUAUUAAUAUUUUUUUAUACAGAGAAGUGAAAUGUGCUGCAGCUGCACUGUGUCCAUAAACUGUUCCUGUGUUGAUAAAAACCCGAGUAACCAGCUGUGCCCUGUGUUUUUCAUCCACUUCAGAGUGCUUGUGGAACUUAGAACUCUCUUGUUUUAAUUUGCCUGUUGAUUUGAGGAGAAUCGAUGCAUACUCUGGAGCAAGCCUUCAGGGCAAUCCUCUCUGCUUGUCACAUAGAUAGGUUUCAGCUCUGAUAAUAGCUCUGGUUGUCCUAUCACAAAAGCCACAAGGACUUUUUAGGAAGUCUUGUAGGAAGACAUUCUGCUUUUCCCAUCAGGUUGCCCAGUGUCUGUUUACCAAAGAUGUCCAGUGUGAGUUCUGGAAGGUGACCAAAUUAGUUCCUUGGCUAUACAGUAAGAGCAAAGACCUGUCAGAAGGUCCCCUCCAUUUUAAUGUCUCCUGCCUGGGUUGAUACUUGGGAGACUAAUUGCCUCCUGUUCCACUGGGAUCUGCUGGUAGCAUUAGGCAAAUCCUUUGCCUUUCCUGUGCCUGUUUUCCCACUUGCCAUGUCUCUGUUGUUACUCCCUGACAGGGACUAAUUUACUGAUACACUGUUGAGCAGGACUGGAACUGUAGCUCUAACAAGGGUUUCAUUUUGUUUAAGUCUCUUAAUGAAUUCUGGAGCCAUCUGAGCACAAAGGGCAAGAGGUGUUAAUACCUCCCAGCGCUCUGAUGGUGAUACCUUCUGUGGCCUUAGCAAUGUCAACACUUUAGUUUGGCUUUCUCUACCUGUCCGCUUGGAUUUGAGCUCAUUUGCCUUUGUGCAGACAGGGUAGGAAGGCAGAGUUUCUAAAGGCCUUGGAUUUAAAACAAAGGAACUCUUUCAGAUCUGUUGAUGCCAUUCAGAGACAGUCAUAGGCAUGACUCCUUGUUUGCUGCUGCAUAAAGCAAGCUUAACUGGCUGUAAGGAAAAUAAAGAACACCUUUUUUUUCCCUUCAUAGCAAUAACAGAAAAAUAAUCCUCACUGUGUAAAUAGUUCAAAAAAGAAAGGAUUAUGUGAGCAGGUCCUUUACAGCAAGCCUAUGUACAACCAUACAUUCCUCUCAAGCAUAACACUGCCUCGGGUGUUGCCUGCCCUGGGCCUCAGUGUGCAGCUCAGCUGGAACAAACCUGGUUAUCACUUUGUUGUAAUCCACAUGUAAAAGUUAAACUUGUGUUCCUCAGUAAUGUGUGUCCUAAUUCCUGCUGAAUUUACCUCAGGGGAGAAAGCCAUUACAGCCUACUUGGGAUUCUUUACUAGACUGGACAUUUUCUUCUAUGGGAAAUUAAAUCCCUGGGGUUUUUUCUAAUCAAACAGGGGUGAGUUUGAACACGGUUCUUACUGCACAUCAGGAGGGAAGUGAUUUUGCUUUGAAGGCGCUAUGUAGAAUGUUAACAACAGUCAUCCUGCCAAGAAAAGUGGCUUUUGUUGCACAUGUUUCCAUGUUUGCAUGUCUUAAAUAAAUUCCGUAUGCAGUGGA